AGUGUUGUCAUUCCUACAUUCAAAGGUGGCUGUCUCUGUGUCCCUGUGAUAUCAGUGUUGUACGUUUAAGCAAUUUGAUCAUGAGAUAUGGAUUUCUAUCUCAUAGGUCAGAUCAUGUCAGGAUGGUGGAUAAAUGAGAACAGAGCUGACUUCCACAUUGCAACAACUCCUGCUACUUGAAAGGUAAUUCUGAAAUUUCUAUCAGGUAAAAUUCUCACAUACUGAUUAAACUUGGCCACUAAUUUAGGGUUCACUGUCUGUUGGGCAAAAGACCUUUUUUGUCUCUGGGGAAGUACCAUGUGCAAUGUGUCGGAUUUGAGGAUGAUAUUGCAAAGAUAAAAUGAAGAAUUGCCAAUAUUGGGGAUCUUAAACCAAAACAGACAUUGCUGGCGAAACUGAGCAGGUCUGGCAGCAUCUGUGGGCAGAAAGCAGAGUUAAUGUUUCGAGUUUGGUGACCCUUAUAUCAGAUAUUACAAAGUACUGAUUUGUGAAAAUGCAUUUUAACUUAUCCAGUUGGUAAAUGCCUAGUGAGCAAAUUAAAUCUAGGCUGGACCAGUCAUGUUGCCUGAUGGCGUGUCCCUUUAAGAAGACAGAUUUGGAAAUGUUAUUUCAAUCUCCAGUGUGGAGGUGAAAUUGAAAGUAAAUUGAGUGACAGAAUAAGCAGUGCAGACGAGAUGGCAGUCAGUAAAUACAUCCUCACCUUGACUGAGGACUUAACCUGCUCUAUCUGCCUGUCCCUGUUUGUGGAGCCGGUGCAGUUGGAGUGCGAGCACAAUUUCUGCAAAUCCUGCAUCCAGGCGUAUUGGGAAAACCAGGGGAAGGUGGUGUCCUGCCCGGAAUGUCGCGCAGUUUCCCAGCAGAAGAGUUAUAAGAAGGCCAGAGUGUUGGCCAAUCUCUGUGAGAAAGCCCGGCAGCUGGAGCUGAACCCGGGGCUGCAGCAGGAAGGGGGUUCCCGCUGUCUGGAACACGAUGAGAAGCUGAAGCUGUUCUGUCAGGACGACCAGGCUCUGAUCUGUGUCAUUUGUCGAGAUUCACCCGCACACUCAGGCCACAGCUUCCUGCCUGUCACUGAUGCAGUGAGAAAGUACAAGGUAAGAGGCGAGAGAGAGAGAGAGCGCGCCUUCAGCUUGUGACUGGGAUUGCAGGAGUGAAGGGCUGCAGUCACUUGUUGCCUGAAGACUCAGGAUCCCCGGAUCUCUGUUUGCAAUCAGACCGCUGGAUUUUUCUCUCUCUCUCUCUCUCCAACCCGGCAUUGGGGGUUCCUUGCUGUUUAGCUGAGAGCCCGUUCAAAGCAGUGCCCAGAAUCUGAUUGCUCAGUGUGAGGGACACGGUCAGAUCCUGUGUGGUUUGUGGGUGUCUGACUCUGGGCUGGGUCAUUUUGAUUAAUGUCCUUUGUUUACCUUUGAUCACCAUUUUUUCUACGGUGCAGCAAGAGGCCCUUCGGUCGCUUUCUU